AUGCUGCAGACCGUAUACUGCACGAGCAUUGGGUUGAGGAAGGACGAGCAAUCCAGCGUCACUUAUGAUCGUGAGACAAUCACAAUGAGCGACAACGGGACGAUUUCCAUCGAUUGGUAUCCGAAGCGCACCAACGAUCCGUGUACUACGCCGAUUGCCCUUAUUAUGCCUGGCUUGGGCGGUUCGUCUUAUGAGUAUCAUAUCCGGUGUAUGGUCAAGGUGCUGGCUUCUGGAAAUAUGGGAUACCGGGUGGCUGUUAUGAAUCACCGCGGGUCUGGCCGUACGCCUUUGACAUCGAGCAAAUUGUACAAUGGAUACGACACAGACGAUUUCCGCGAUAUCACUCAGCACAUCGUGGACAACAACCCUGGCGUGCCCAUCGUUGCCAUGGGCUAUUCAAUGGGCGCCAAUCUGCUGACAAAGUAUUUGGGUGAGGUCGGUGAUGCCACUCCGUUUGUCGCUGCCGUGAGCAUUUGCUGUCCCUUUGAUACAGAAGUCGCCGGACGGUCGCUUGAUGCGCACACCCUCCUGAACGACAGGCUGUUCCAGCCCAACCUUGUGGCCACAAUCAAGCGGGUGUUUAAGCGCAACAUGGACGUGAUCAAGACCGGAGCAAUUCCCUACGAUAUCGACGCCAUUAUGAAGGCCAAGCGUAUGAGCGAGCUUGACAAUUUGAUCACGGCUAAGACGUACGGCCAUAAGGAUUGCUGGACUUACUAUAAGGCUGCAUCGAGCACAAAGUAUGUGGAUGCCAUUCGGACACCGUAUUUGGCUCUCAACUCAAUGGACGAUCCGAUCACGCCUUAUGAGGGUAUCCCUAUUGAAAAGUUCAGAAACAACCCGUUUACUGCAUUGGCGCUGGCCAAACAUGGUGGUCAUUUGGGCUUUUUCACUGGGCUGAGCCCCAAGAUUUGGUACUUGCACCCGGUCAAGGAGUUCUUCGACGCUCUUGUCGUAGCAAAGACGGGUUUGGUAAUCGAAUGA